GAGUUAGAUUUCAAAGUGACCCAGAAGUUCGUCUUGCGUUCCAUACGAUACUGCAUCGAUAUCCCUGAAGAGACCAAUGUCCAACCAAUUCUCGUGAUAUUCAAUGUCGACGGUAUCACUGGUAAAAAAUUCUUUGAAAAAACAUUCUCAAGGCAGAACGAACCAUUUUAUACCCAGCACUGUCAUCCUUGGGCACGAUUUGUCUAUCUGUAUAAUGCCGAUUCAAUUGCCUGCCACAUUACCAGCACACCAUUGCAACCAAUCGUUGCAUUGACAUACUUUUUUAUGCAGCGACAACAGUACUUACUUGCUCUGGACGUAUUCGACAAUCCCACUAUGUUUACCAUCUAU